AUGGAACAAAAGCUCAUCUUAAUAAUUCUCUUCAUAAUUUCCCCAUGUUUCACACAUAGUGUUAAACAUGAAAAUGGUGUGAUAUUCGAUAUCAGAAAGUAUGGCGCGAGACCCAAUUCAGAUAUCAGUCAGGCCUUAACGAAGGCUUGGAAGGAGGCAAUUGCAUCACCAAAGGCAAGCAAAAUAUAUAUUCCACGUGGGAUUUGGAUGCUAAGUCAAGUCAAACUAUCUGGUCCAAACAAAGCACCUAUUUUGCUACAAGUUGAGGGCACUGUGAAAGCUUAUUCAGAGGUUCACAAAUUGCCCGACAAACGAGCCGAGUGGAUUACGUUCGGCCAUAUUGACCAUUUUACCCUCGCCGGCGGCGUUUUCGACGGCAGCGGUCAGGCUGCCUGGAAAUCAAAUGAUUGCAAAAAGAAUCGAAACUGCAUCAAGCUUCCAAUAAACUUGAGCUUCAAUUUCAUGGACAACUCCAUAAUCCAAGACACCACCACCAAAGACAGCAAGAACUUCCACGUGAAAUGCCUCGCGUGCAACAACGUGACGUUCCAACGGCUCACCGUCUCCGCCCCCGGCGACAGCCCCAACACCGACGGCAUCCACCUCUCGCACUCGUCGCGGGUCGACAUCCUCGGCGCCAGGAUAGAGACCGGCGACGAUUGCAUCUCCAUGAACUCCGACAUGUCGCACGUGCGCAUCCGCGACAUCACGUGCGGGCCGGGCCACGGCAUUAGCGUCGGCAGCCUGGGCGGCAAUGCCGCCGAGAAAGACGUGUCGGGGAUCUACGUCACGAAUUGCACCUUCAUUCGCACCCAAAAUGGGGUUAGGGUUAAGACGUGGCCGUCGGGCCCGGCCACGUUGGAGGUUUCCGAUUUGCGGUUUGAAGAUUUGGUGAUGAUUGAGGCUAGCAAUCCUGUGAUUAUUGAUCAAGAGUAUUGCCCCAGUAAUCUCUGCGACCGAACCAAACCGUCGAGCAUUAAGGUUAGAAAGGUGAGCAUCAAGAACAUCAGGGGCACGACGGCGAAGGCAGAAGCGAUCACGUUAAACUGCAGCAAGACUAAGCCGUGCGAGGAUGUGGAGAUCGGCGAUGUUGAUUUGAAAUACGUCGGAAAAAACGGCCGUAUCACCACCAAAUGCGCCAACGUUAAGCCUCGUUUUGUAGGAAGGCAGAAUCCGCCGGUGUGUGCUUCCCAUUUCCAUCAUCAUUCUUCCUUUUUGGGAGCCCAUCAUCAUUCUUCUUGAUAGGCCCAAGCCCGUUUGGUAUGCGGUAUGAGAUAAUUAAGAUGUGAAAUAUUCGACUCAAAUGUCUUUUACUAUAAUAUUUUU